GAAUAUUUUAGGACAAACAAAACACGUCUUAUAAGCAGUGUUUCUUCUUCAAAAAUAUCAGUAGUCUUCCAUCGAUCACCAGGAAAGAUGAUUGUCAAAAGCUAUGUGGUGAAUUUACUUUUAGGAUUAGGAUUCAUUAGUGUCGUCACUGGAACUUCUUACUCCAACGUUUACGUAGAACGCGGUCUCCCUAAGGAAUAUUAUCAAUAUGGCACACCGUACGCUCCACUAGUGAAUCCACGAUUAUCCCAAUUCAACGCUUUGCCCCCCGUACCCAGUUACAUUUCACCCUGUGCUCCACCUUGUGUACUUCCUGGUCAAGCGAUUGCUCCGAGUGCAAAUAUUAUAUCCUACAAUGCUCCAAGUCUUCCUGUUGUGGUAGCGCCUGCUGAGGACCCUGCUGGAUAUCAGUAUCAAUACGUUGUAUAUGAUGAAGAUACAGGCGAUCACAAGGCGCAACGUGAACAAAGCGAUGGUUCAGUUGUUCGAGGUGAAUACUCGUUUUUGCAACCAGACGGCUAUGUACGAGAAGUGCAGUACGUGGCCGAUGACGUUUCAGGGUUUAACGCCGUGGUAAGAAAUUUUCUACCUGUAAAAGUUGAAGGUAACAAACUAGGUGAAGCAAAGGGCGUGAAGAAUGCGGCCAUACAUUGUCUCGAAGUAAAACACGAAUCUCUGAAAAAAGGAUCAGCUGCAUUAAAGGAUAGUUCUGUAAGUCAUGGUUCUCAAAGCCAUGGAAAUUUACAUACUACGAAUUCCAAAAAACAUGCUCAGAUUCGCUUAGUAAACCUUGACAUGGAACCUAAUAUUCAAAACAAACAUGUGACUAAGAUAUCACAUGAAUCCCAACAUCAUGAUUCACACAUCAAUAGUAAAUCUCAAUCCAAAUCAAGUAAAUUAGCAAGCUCCGAAGAAAAUAGUCAUCAAUCAUCAUCAUCUAAACAUGGGUCUGGAGAUGUUUCUCAUGAAACACAUCACAAAAAGAAUAAAAAAGGUUCCAAAAUGGAGUUCGAUACAGAAUCUAGUGAAGAAUCAGUAGAGGACUCAAAGGAUAAACAUCAGGCUCAUUCUACAAAAGGUUCCGAUGAGUCAGUAGAGAAAUCCAAAGAGAAACAUCAUAAGGCGAAAAAAGGACCAAAUCAUCCUACAGAGUCAAGCGAAGAGUCAUCAGAGAGUUCUGAGUCAGAAGAAUCCAAUCAACACUCAAAGGAAAAGUCCAAAUCAAAAGCAAAAAAAGGAACUGGACACAAGUCGAAUCAUGGAUCUGAACACGGAUCUAGUCACGAUUCUGAACACGGUUCUAGUCAUGAAUCCGGACAUGAAUCAGGGCACGAUUCUAAACAAGGAUCCAGUCAUAACGCUGGACAUUCCUCUGGACAUGACGCUCACAGUUCCGAACAUGACUCAGGACACAACAACGGACGUGGAUCAGGACGUAAUUCUAAACACGGGUCAGGACACGAAUCUGAUCAUGGAUCCAGUUACGAUAAUGGGCAUUCAUCUGGGCAUGAUUCUCACAGCUCCGAGCACGACUCAGAACACAACUCCAAACAUGGAUCAGGACAGAAAUCUGAACAUGGAUCCAGUCAUGGCUCUGGACAUUCAUCUGAACAUGAUGCUCACAGUUCCGAGCAUGACUCAGGACACACCUCCAAUCGCGGAUCAGGACAUGAAUCCGACCAUGGGUCCAGUCAUGACUCUGGACAUUCCUCAACUCAUGAUACUCACAGCACUGAACACGACUCAGGACACACUUCCAAACACGGAUCAGGAAACAAUUUUGGACAUAGCUCUGGACACGGAUCUGAAGAAACUGAGAGUCACGAGACACACAAAUCAAGUCAUGAAGUUGAUGAACAGCAAGUGCUUGUGCCAUAUAACGAUAUAGUCCGAUGUGUUAUGCAAGCUCUUAAACGAUCCCAUGGAUUGCCAGCAGACAUGAGUCAACCGUCAGCACUAUCGUACCUAGUGUUAAACAAACCAUGCUAACAUACGAGAUUGUAAUAAAAUAUUUAUUUCUAGUCGAUAACGAUUGAAAUUACGAGUGUGUCACAAAUUAUUUUAAUUUAUUUUAAGAGUGUCCAUGCUAUAACCAAAA